AUGAAGAUCCAAUGUGACGUAUGCGGAAAAGAAUCAGCGACCGUUUUCUGUGCCUCGGACGAGGCUGCCCUUUGCCAUACGUGCGAUAAUCGAGUUCACAAUGCUAAUAAGCUCGCCAGCAAGCACCCUCGAUUUUCCCUUCUCAGCCCUGAAUUCAAAGAAUUCCCAAGCUGUGACAUUUGCCAGGAUAGGCAAGCAUUGCUAUUCUGCCAAGAAGACAGGGCACUGCUUUGCAGAGAUUGCGACAUACCAAUACACAAAGCCAAUGAGCUCACCGAAAAGCACAACAGGUUCUUACUCACAGGUGUCAAGCUCUCAGCCACUGCCUCGUCGUAUGAAGUUGGGACCUCCUCCACUGGAUCACGGACCGAACAGGAAAUCAAAGUAAAUGGUUAUUACCAGCAGAACUCGAUUUCAUACUGUUCGGAGUCAGCAUCUAAACCAUACAGGGACAGCGAGUCGAGCCAGCUACAGAAAAAGCAGUAUUUGGACUCGACAGAUAAUAUCUCAGAGUAUUUGAUGGAGACAAUAACCGGGUGGCCGGUCGAGGAAUUUCUUGAUCCUUCUUUCAAUUAUGGUUUCUGUAAGAUUCGUGAAUCAACGAGACUCCUGAUUUUAUCCUGA